CUGAAUUUAAUCUUGAGGUCCAUUAUUAACAUAAAACCCGUGUUACCAGAGUGAAGUAUGUUCUGACUGCUAUUUGAGAUCAACUGAUUUCUUCGUGUCAAUCUAAAUUGAUCAGCGUACAGGGGGCGGUUUUAACCCAUAACGUUAACUGUCAACUAGCUAGCUAGCUAGUUAACGUUUGUAACUUAGCAUUGCCCUCAUACCGUCUGCCAGGCAAAGGUUCAUCUACAGGUAUCUCUAGUUGAACACCAGUAAACACCAAGGAGCAUUUCAAUGAUUUGAUGACCAUGAGACGCAGCCCAAGGAGACCCCUGAUCCUCAGAAGAAGAAAGUUGCCAUUUCAGAACAAUGAUCGGCCAGCAACUGAAUCAGAAAGUCAAGCAGAUGCGUCAGGUUUCAGAGAACCUUCGAAAUCUGCCAGGCAGUGCUUCCCUGAUGGUAUCCGCAUUAUGGACCACCCUUCCAUGUCUGAUACACAGGUGGUUGUCAUCUCCAAAACAGCAGACCUUCAAAGUGUUAUCGGGGCCCUCACUGCCAAAGGCAAAGAGUGUGGUGUCCAGGGACCAAACAAGUUUAUCCUUCUGAGUGAGAAUAGCAGCUGUGACGAUGAAUCUUUUUGUCAGCCUUCUGCUGGAGGCGAUGGCAUCUCUACAGCUACUCUAAAACCAGUGAAAGCUGAAACCGUUCACAGCUCCCCGGAUGCUAAACCUCUCACUGGAAUUAAAGCAUUGAAUAAGGAGCUGGAGUGUGGCCCUCUAGAUGACAGCCUCACCAAUAUUCAGUGGCUGGGCAGAAUGAACACAUGUGCCUUUGAAUCAGAUACUGCUAAGGUCAACAAGGAGAACCAAAACCCAAAUUCACAGACUUUUCAGGAACCAAAUACACAAAUCGAUGCAGAGGCUGUUCAGCAACCCAUGUCGGAGAGGCCACCAUACUCCUACAUGGCCAUGAUCCAGUUUGCCAUCAACAGUCGGAAGAGCAGGAGGAUGACGCUGAAAGAGAUUUACAUGUGGAUUGAGGACCACUUCCCUUACUUCAGAGAAGUGGCUAAACCAGGAUGGAAGAAUUCCAUUCGCCAUAACCUCUCUCUACACGACAUGUUCAUUCGUGAGACGUCACCAGAUGGUAAAAUUUCUUUCUGGACUAUCCGGCCUGAGGCCAACCGAUGCCUCACUCUUGAUCAGGUGUACAAGCCUGGUUGUGACCCAAUGACUGCUCCAGUUCCGGUGCCAAUGCUUUUAUUUUCCCACCAACAACAGAAGAGGAUGCUUCCUGAUGCAAGAAAAACUCCAACCAGCUCUGAGAGGAGGAUGAAGCCUCUCCUCCCUCGAACCGAUUCCUACUUGGUUCCAAUCCAGCUUCCCGUCACCUCCUCUGUCUACCUGCCGUCCUCAUCGGCCCCGUUUCAUCCUUCUUCUUCGCAGCAGCAGAAACGGAACACUUUGCGUGGAGCCAAGAGAGUGCGGAUAGCUCCUAAGGUGACACAAGGUGACGCCCCAGCUGCGGUAAUGUAUCCUCAGAAGAACAAAGACCUCAAGGUGAAGGAGGAACCGGUAUGUGUCCCAAUUAAAUGCGAGACUCUGAAAGCGCCUCCAAAGAGACAAGCCAGCGGCUCUCGGCGCAAACAGCACUUGGUUCACUCUGUGCACGAAGAGCCCGUCCUUCUCUGCCCUGAUAACACUUUCUUUGACUCUGGCGUAGCCUCGGACGCUUCGGCCUUCCAGGACAUGCGAGACACUGAGCUGGAAGAGCACCAGCAGGAGCAGCACGGCACCAGCACGGAUCGGGAUUUCUCCUUCAAGACCCCCAUCAAAAGUAACAGCCACCUGAGCUCCUCCACGCCCAGCAAGCCGCCUCAUGUCUUACCCGAGCCCUGGAAAGUGACUCCCGUGGGCAAAGGGAGUCAAGAGGUCCUGGACUUCAGCCCCAUUCGCACACCAGGUGGUCCUGCAGUCACACCGCGGCAUGACUACACCACCUUCAGCUUCAACAACACUCCCUUUAAAGACUGGCCUCUGUUCAGCUCCCCCAGAGAGCUGCUCACAUCCGCUCCACCCAGAGUACCGGGACUGACAGACUCUCCCAGAAGCAGCUGCUCCAGAGAGCUGCUUAGGGCAGGGGGCGCUGCAACACCCGCUAACCGCUCGAUCACAGAGGGCCUCGUCCUGGAUACAAUGAACGACAGCCUCAGCAAGAUACUAGUGGACAUUAGCUUCUCUGGUCUGGACGAUGAGGACCUGGGUAUGACCAAUAUCAGCUGGUCCGAGUUCAUCCCUCAAUUUAAGUAACCUGAGGGCCAAAACAUGUCAUUUGUUUCCCAAAACACUAUCAGAUGGAAUGGGGAGAAGUAAAGUAUUGAAGGGAAAAUAAAUGUAAUGACAGGGACACUUGACUUUCAGUUACCAGGUCAAAUUAGCAGGCUGCUCACGUGUCGUCCCUCACAUCAGAUGCUUCUCUCCACCUGUUGUUUUCAUUGGUUCUGUCACUCAUCAGCUGAUGGUUUUUUUGUGUUGCUCUUAUUUCUUUUCGUAGAACUCUUUUCCGGACUGUUUUCUUUUUAUUUAUUUUUUUGAGGGGGAUCAUUUAUCCUACCUGUCGUAUCCGUCUGUACUCUUGAACAAAUCGCUCGAGUAGACAAAUAUGUCUGUAGACAUGUACGUACAUAUACACUUAUGUAUGUUGAUUUGCACAUUUUAAUAUAUAAUUUUUGCUUUGGCAUAUGUAAAUGGAAAGAAAAUAUAUUGCCUGAUAAGCCAGCGAGAUGCGUCCAUGCCGUCUGGUUCGGGCGGCCUCCUGAAAUCGACUUUUAGAUCGCGAGAUUGUUAGCAAUAAACAAUGGCAAAGUAAUACAAAUAGCACUAACAGCAAUAGGAUUGUCUCUGUACAUUAAUCGUAGCAUUGUCUUCACUGCUUGACUUUAUAAAUCCUGCCUUUUCUAUGCAUCGGUAGGCACUUUGUACCUGCAGAGAGUGACAUUUUGCAUGCAGUGGCUCCUCAUAACACCAUAUUUUAAAGUAGUCUUUUGGAGUAAAGUACUGAAUACUUUGGAUCUAUCUAGCACAGGUUCUAUGAGUUUUCAGUGAAGAUGCAAAUGUAGUUUUCUGUAAGCCCAAAUGGAACAUAGGUGAAAAAGUGUUUGGGUACAAACAUCUUUUUUUGCAGCACCAUCUUUGGAGGGCAGAAUGGGAGAUUUUCAGUUCCAUUUGGAUAACCCGUUUUGAAAAUGCCACAGAAUAAUGUAUGGCUUUAAUAAUACCAUCAGGUAUGUUAACAAGUGUAUUUAUGUGCAAGAGAUUUUGCAUUGCAGUGAGCUGAUCUGUUUAGUUAGCGUUGAAUGGCAUGCAAAGAGUGAGAUGUAGUGGUUUCUAGCAAACAGUUUUCAAAGCAUGUGCCUUGUUCUGUUUUCUGAAGUUGGUGUUUCUAUGACUGUACAAUAAAUCAGCUGGCGUUGGCGCCUCAGGCAGCACAAAGGGCUUUUAUUCAUUGUAUUUUAGAUCAUAAGUAUUCUUGAUUAGCUUUGCUCAGCUUACAUUUAAAAAAAAA